GUCGCUGUAACUUCUAGAUCCGCUGGUUCCCAAUCCUCCAUUAUUUUCCUCACUUUCGGCGCUCUCUUCAGGAUUAUCGGCCGCGAUCUCUGCUGAAUUCUGUUCAAAUCGUUUGUACUCGGUAGUUUCUGUUCGAUUUUAUGCAAAUUGUUUAUAAAUCGGUAGUUGCAGUCAAUAAUUUCCAGGUGAACUGGGGUUUUUGCUUUUUUUCCCUCGAAUUGUGCUGUUUGAAAUUUGAAGAAGAUAUUUGCUGUUGAAAACCUUUGUUAAUAAAUCUGUUGCUGCUGAGGUCAGUAUUCCAUUAUCUGGUAAAUCGUGUUGGAAUCGAUUAUGUUAGGUGGUUUUGUGUGAAUUGGGUUUUAAUUAUGUAGAUUAACAGGUUGCUGCUAUGGUAAGGGUAAUUUCUGUUGGAUGUAGGGAGGCUUGAAUAUAAGAAAUUAAAUUUUUUUACUGAGGUAGAAUAUCAUUGAAUACAAACACACCAACUAAUACACUCACUUGUUACGUUUGAUUACAAGUGAGUCCUAUUUAGGGUGCUAGAUAGAAUAUUCUAGAUAAAUGAAUAAUCUUUAUAUCUCUAGAUUCUUCAUUUUCUUGUAUCUUCUUUUAAUUUCUAGUUUGUUCUAGAUUUGAUAUAUUUUCUAGUCUAUUCUUAUUUUAUUCUAGAUUAUUCAUUAAUUAUUUGAAGAAGAUAUUUUCUGUUGAAAACCUUUGUUAAUAAAUCUGUUGCUGAGGUCAGUAUUCCAUCAUCUGGUAAAUUGUGUUGGGAUCGAUUAUGUUCGGUGGUUUUUGUCUGAAUCGGGUUUUAAUUAUGUAGAUUAAUUGAUUGCUGCUAUGGUAUGGGUAAUUUUGGUUUGUAUAUUGUUAGAACUUCGAAGAAGUAGUUAGCUAUGGAAUCGUCUCUUAGCUAGAUACUGUAUUGGAGAUUGGUGUACUAUAAUUGAAUGUAUUGUAUCUAGUAAAAAAGAACGCAGUUACAUGAAUUUUUUACUGUGUCAAACAUAUUACCAGGUGCAAUUUCCGGUCGUUUUGACUAAUGUUAGGUGCAGUGAUAACUGAUACUUUUUCGUUUGUCCUCAUUUUUGUCUGUGGUAAAUCUGUGUUGGCUUGAAACAAGAUCUGGAUUCUGUUUCUUUACCAGUGUUGAUUUUAUAUUGCAAACUCCAAAAAGCUGAUUACAUAGACAGAAUCAUUUUAUUGAUUUAUUUGCAUUUGAUUCCUCCAAAUGUAUGGGAAACAAUAGAUUCGAAGAUUGGGAGCUUAGCUGUGAAUGGGGAUUCAGACGAUGAACAACUCGUGGUUGAGCCUCACCCUCGACCAAGUCAGGGCGCAUUUAGCCAAUUCGGGUAAAUUGUUGGGCAACAUGAACCUCGACGAGCUGCUAAAAAAUGUAUGGGCGACAGAGGCGACCCAUUCACCCGGGACAGAUGCGAUGAACUCAUCCCCUGCAGCAUCUCUUCAGCGGCAGGCAAGUUGGUCGCUUGCGAGGGCGUUUGGCAAGAAGACGGUGGACGAGGUGUGGCGGGACAUCCAGCAAGGAUAUAGAACGAGCAAGACAGAGGGGAGCGGCGGCCAAGAACGAGAGCCGACUCUUGGAGAAACAACCCUUGAGGAUUUCUUGGUGAAGGCUGGGAUGUACGUAGCAAAUCCAAUGAUCGAGCCUGUCAUGUCGUUGGACAGUGCAUUGAAGUCCCAUAAAUUAUCGUCCCAAAUGCAGUUGUCGCCUUCCCCUUCAAUUGAUGCAAUGUUGGAUAUGCCAAUUCUAGGUCGGAAGCGGAUACCGGGGGACUUGGAUAAGGCCAUCGAACGGAGGCUAAGGCGAAAGAUUAAGAACCGGGAAUCGGCUGCUCGAUCGCGAGCAAGAAAACAGGCUUACCAUAAUGAACUGGUGACGAAGGUAUCCUAUCUUGAAGAGGAAAACACAAAGCUUAAAAAUGAAAAGUAAAAUGAUGAAUUAUGAUCUCCAUUACCGCAAAAAGAUCAUUGCUUUGCAGGAAUUCGAAGAUUCGUUUGGUUCUGAUAUUUAUGAACCGAGGUAUCAGCUCCGGAGAACAAGUUCAUUCUGAUGUCGACCCAACAGUAUCUCGAGUUUUUUGUAUAGCUAAGUUGACAAGAGGAGAGGAGACCCUUUACUAUGUGCAAUAUAGAGUGGAAGAAAUUGAGGGUUCUCUCAUACAUAUGUAUUGUACAUUGUAUAAAAGUAUAAAACUUGAAAUGUAAGUGGUUGUCAUAGAAAAAUAGAACAUUCUAGAAAACUAGAGUGGAACAAAAGAUACGAUGGAUCAUGAUAAAUAUACUCCUAGUUUUGUCGACUACUCUUCUAUCGUUCCC